GAAAUGAUAUCGAUCAAUUAUUUACUGAUAUUCGUUUAAUGGCACUAAAAGGUAUAUGGAUGGAGAAAAAUGUAACAACAGAGCCACGUUGGACAUUUGGCCAAGCAUUCUUUUUUGUUGGAGCUUUAAUUAGUACAGUUGGUUAUGGACAUGUAUCACCACGUACACGUGAAGGUAAAUUUUUUACAAUAGUUUACUGUCUAAUUGGUAUACCGAUGACAUUAGCAUUAUUGUCAGCAUUGGUGGUAAGAUUAAAAGAGCCAAGUGCUUGGUUACGAUGUAAACUUAAUGCAAGGCUUGGCCAUCUCUUUCAUGACGCACAAAUUCAGAUAUUUCAUUUAUGUUUUGUAUGUACGCUAUUACUAAUAUUUGUCUUUAUCAUACCGUCGUAUAUUUUUACGAAAAUUGAAACUGAUUGGGAUUUUUUGGAUUCAUUUUUCUAUUGCUUUGUAUCAUUGACAACUAUCGGUUUGGGCGAAUAUGUGCCAGGUGAUCAUCCUGAUCAACAAUUCAGAACUUUUUAUAAAAUUAUUGUAACAGUUUAUCUGAUAUUUGGCCUAUCAUGUAUGAUGUUAUUCCUUGCAACACUUUUUGAUAUACAACAAUUAAAUUUGACCCGUUUCUUUUUAACAAAAGACAAUGAUUACAUCAAUCCAUCAUCUUACGACGAUCAACGUGAAACAUUUGCAGUAAACAAUGAGGUAUAA